GGGCGCGCCCAGGCCACCGCCUCCAGUCCGUUCCCCCGGCAACGCCUCGGGCCGUUCCCCCGGCAACGCGCGGCCGUUCUCAGUAGCAGGGGCCAUGGACCAGGGGUCGGGCGCCGGGCCCCACCGGGAUCGCGGCCGCCUCGGCGCGCCGUCCUGCGGAGCGCGGGCUCCGGGGGCACCCUGGGCACGCUUCUCGGCCUGGCUGGAGUGCGUGUGUGUGGUCACCUUCGACCUGGAGCUGGGCCAGGCGCUGGAGCUGGUGUACCCCAGCGACUUCCGGCUCACGGACAAGGAGAAAAGCAGCAUUUGCUACCUGUCCUUUCCCGACUCCCACUCAGGCUGCCUCGGGGAUACUCAGUUCUGCUUCCGCAUUCGUCAGUGUGGAGGGCAGAGGCGCCCCUGGCACACGGAUGACAGGCACUGUGACAGUGGGGCCCCCGUGUCUCUGCAGAGGGAGCCCGCACACUACUUUGGCUACGUGUACUUCAGGCAGGUGAAGGACAGCUCUGUGAAGAGGGGCUACUUCCAGAAGUCUCUGGUGCUGGUGUCCCGCCUGCCCUUCGUCCGGCUGUUCCAGGCGCUGCUGAGCCUGGUCGCCCCCGAGUACUUCGACAAGCUGGCGCCCUGCCUGGAAGCGGUCUGCAAUGAGAUUGACCAGUGGCCGGCCCCUGUGCCGGGGCAGACCUUGAACCUGCCUGUCAUGGGAGUCGUCCUCCAGGUGCACAUCCCAUCCAGCGCAGACAAGCCUGAAUCCGGUCCUCCAAAGCAGUGCAGCCACAAGAACCUGCCGCCAGCCCCGGUCGUCCUCACCAGUGUCCAUGAGCUGGACCUGUUCAGGUGCUUCCGGCCUGUGCUGGCCCACGUGCAGCUGCUGUGGGAGCUCAUGCUUCUUGGGGAGCCCCUGCUGGUCCUGGCGCCCUCGCCCGCAGUGUCCUCGGAGAUGGUGCUGGCCUUGACCAGCUGCCUGCAGCCCCUCAAGUUCUGCUGCGACUACCGCCCCUACUUCACCGUCCACGAUAGCGAGUUCAAGGAGUUCACAACACGCACGCAGGCCCCACCAAGCGUGGUCCUGGGAGUCACAAACCCUUUCUUUAUCAAAACGCUCCAGCACUGGCCCCACGUCCUCCGCAUCGGGGAGCCCAAGAUGCCAGGGGACCUUCCCAAGCAGAUCAAACUGAAAAAGCUCUCAAGGCUGAAGACCCUAGACACCAAGCCAGGCCUCUACACUGCGUACACGACCUACCUCCACCGAGACAAGGCCCUGCUCAGACGACUGCUUAAGGGCCUGCAGAAGAAGCGGCCGUCGGACGUGCAGACUGCAGUGCUGAGGCAGCACCUCCUGGAGCUCACGCAGAGCUUCAUCAUCCCUCUGGUGAGGCCUGGCCGGCAGGGAGGAGGGCGCCGGGCUGGAGGGGCAGGCAGCAGGCUGUGGCCCAGACUCAGACUCACUCCCCUUCCCCCCCAGGAGCACUACAUGGCCAGCCUCAUGCCCCUGCAGAAGAGCAUCACGCCCUGGAAGACCCCUCCCCAGAUCCACCCCUUCCGCCAGGACGACUUCCUGCGUAGCCUGGAGCGCUCAGGGCCCCAGCUCACCUGCCUCCUCAAGGGCGACUGGCUGGGCCUCUACAGGCGGUUUUUCAAGUCCCCCCAUUUUGAUGGCUGGUACCGACAGCGGCACAAAGAGAUGGCCCAGAAGCUGGAGGCCCUGCACCUUGAGGCCAUCUGUGAGGCGAACCUCGAGAUCUGGAUGCAGGACAAGUCCGAGGUGGAGAUCGUGGAUCUGGUCCUGAAACUUCGGGAGAGGCUGGUUCGGGCACAGGGCCACCAGCUCCCCGUGAAGGAGGCGACGCUGAAGCGGGCGCGGCUGUACAUCGAGACAGUCGUCGGCUCCCUGCCCAAGGACCUGCAGGUCGUCCUGUGCCCUCCCUAGGAUGGGGCCCAUGGCCCGGGGCCUGGCUGCCCCUCGAGGCCUGGGUCUGGCCGAGAUUCCCUCCCCCAAGUCAAGCAUGAGCUCCCCCACCCAAGCUUCCGGUUGCCCCUGGCCCCCCACCUGGCACCACCAUCAUCCCAGCAGACAAGGUGGCAUUUGGAACUACAGCUUGGCCCCUGACUGUUGGCGGAUCACGUGCUGGCAGAGCCUCCCCUCCCCCUGGGUCCCACCUGCCCUCUCCAGGGUCUUAGGCAGGGGUGGGGGGCAGGCUGUGAGCCCUGCUGAUCUGCUCUGGGCCAAGGCCACACACCCCUCCAGGAGCCCAUCUGCCCAAGCCCUGCAGGCCCAGGCGUUGCAUCUGAUGCGUCCUUUAGACCCACCAGGCUGCCCGGCUCAGGACGGAAGGAGGCGGCUGACAGGCAGACCCCUCUCCUCACACAGCCCGCCCCCCGCCUGUCUUGCCUGGGGGCUGAGGGGGGAACCUCGCCUGCGGUCAUCACUUGGGAGGGGAGAAGCCGCUUUGCCCAGAGAAGAGCUAUGCUCUGUGGUUCGCUGGGAUGCCGCCAGGUCCCGCGUGGCUGCCAGGCGGGUCCAGGGCAUUGUCUUUGUUCCACUCCAGGGACACCCCACUGGGUACCUUCUCCGUUCACUCUGCCCUGCGCUGCUGCUCGUCGGCUGGCAGGCCCUCGAGUCACCCCCGUGUCCAUGCAGCCCCACAGGCAGUGAGAGGCUUGGACUCUAGCCUGACCAGGCCCGCGGCCUUGGGGCACCAAGCUCCUCGGCAAGGAGUGAAAGCCCCUCAGAAGGGAUCCACGCCCCCAUGUGACACCUUGGAGCACUGGGCCAAGCAGUCACGUGCUGUCAUCGGCACCAUCACAGCUCAGCGCACAGUGGCAGCUGGUGGGGAGCAGGGCGGGGUGGGGGGAGGCGCGGACCCAGAGCUGCAGGCCUUUGGGUAAGUCCCACCGAACCCAACCCCAGAUGCCUCACCUGAGGCACAAGGCCUCGUAGAUGCCCGCGUGGGCCUUGGCGGCAACCUGAGCUGAGUCCUGGCUGAGCGAUGUGGUGCGGGAGGCAGGCCGAGCGGGGGGCUUUCCCUUCUCUCUUGAUUCCCCACAGUCCGUGUCCUGGGAUGGAGCAGUGACGCAGCCACUCCUCCCAAGCGGAGUUCGGUGGAGCUGCCAGAUGACAGAGGCGCUGGCCUCAGAGCUGCCAGCGUCGUCUUGUCCGGCCCUGACCACUGCCUAGGACAGCCCGGCGCGUCCGCAGCCUGCAGACAGCUGAGCUCGGCCUGGUGUGCGACCGCAGUCAGAGGACAGAAUCGAGGCAGCAGAGGGAGAGACAAGCUGGAGGCCCUCAAGUGAGGAAGGACUUUGUGGCCCCAGUGCCACUUUGGAAAGUCUGCCCUGCUGUCUGGCCGUGAGGGGUGGCCCACGGGCCGUGAGGGAUGUGCCCCAACACAUUGCACGGUCCCUUCCCUUGGCCUUCUGAGGGUGACUGCAGGUGAUGGAGGGCUGCAGGGGAGCGGCUGCAAGGGGGCCGCCGCAAAGCCCUCAGGGACUUUUGCCUCCAUCAACCCAUGAAGGCACACCUGAUUCCCCUGAAUCCUUGCAUGCUCCCUCGAGGACUCUGCUUGAGUCCACGCAGCAGCCCCUCACAGCGGCUUGUCCUCAGGAGCACUGGUGCAGCGGGAUGUCGGGGGAGGGACGCCUGGCAGAGUGGGCAACACUGCCCAGGGUGGAAUCCAAAGCUGAAGGGUACAGGUGGGAGGAGGUCCCUCCCCUGGAGUGCCUGGGGCUGUGGGGGGGGGCCUCCUCCUCACAGCCUGACCCCCCUGCCCAGACAGGGGCCUGAAGGUGCGGGCUGGGGGUGGAGUCCUGCCAACUCCAUCGUCUCCCCCAUAAGACCCCGGGUUCCCUCUCAGGAUCAGGUCAGCUCCGGCUGGCCUGAGCCUCUGUCCCCCCACCAGGCUGGGGACAGGCAGUGAGGAGGGAGGAAGGGGCAGGAAGAUCAAAAGAGGCAGACCCACCACCUACUAGAGCCCCGUGGACAGGAGGGCCUGGACGGACAGGAACCAGUGGUCCAAGAGGGCGCUGUGGUCGGCGGCCAGUAUGUGAAGCCGCCUGCUUUUGGGGAUUGUAUGUGGGCCUGGUGUGGUGGCCGGGAUGGGGGUGGGAGGGCAGUGGGCUGAUCCAGGGACAGGAAGCACAGUCUUCACCCCCAAGCUUCCUGCACUCUAUUUAAAGACUCCGUUUUAGUCUGCGAUGGUGGACUUCCCACAUCUUUGGUAUUAAAAUGUCCUUCUGUGACACGA